GUCAAGACACCAAAAGUUCCCAUUGUCCCUGAAGACGCAUUCAAGGGCACGGCUGGGAGUUGUAGUUCACAUAACUGAACCAACAAACAACAUUCCUCAUUUUAAAAAGUAUGUGACCAAUAUAAUAAUUAUCUCGACUUAAUCUACUAUAAAUCAAAGCAACACUGUGCCAUGAGCUCGCGCUGGCGACUCCUCUCUCUCCUCUGAGCCCGUGAACUACAAACGCAAACCGGAAGUGGUCCAAGCCCGUGUCCCACGUGAGAAACAGGAAAGAUGAGACUUCCUCUUCACUCCUUUUGCAUCUUCAGGAGUUUGUUCCCACAAAGGCGUCCGGCAUCGAACCCGCAGACGCGAGGCCUGAGCACUGCAGCCAUGCGUCUGGUGCAGUUUGUACGCCGCGGUGCCAGUGGGGGCGUCAGGGUGGGAGUGGAACAAGGCGCCGGGGGGCUCGGCGUGGUGGACCUGAAGGCGUUUGACCCCUCCAUGCCCUCCACCAUGAGAGAGCUGCUGCAGCUGGGAGACGAGGGUCUGGAUUGUGCUCGGAGGGCCCUGGCGUCCGGUCAGUGUGUGGUGGAGCGCUCAGACCUCCAGCUGCUGUCUCCUGUCUUGGCCCCGGAGAAGGUGGUGUGUGUGGGAAUGAACUACAGGGACCACUGCCUGGAGCAGAACGCCCCGAUCCCCAAAGAACCGAUCAUCUUCAGCAAAUUCCCCAGCGCCCUCACAGGGCCGUACGACGACAUCGUCCUGCCCGCAGAGAGCCAGGAGGUGGACUGGGAGGUGGAGCUGGCCUUCGUCAUCGGACGAGGAGGAAAACACAUCAAGGAGGAAGACGCUCUCGCCCACGUGGCCGGCUUCACCGUGGCCAACGACGUCAGCGCCCGCGACUGGCAGAUGAGGCGCAACGGGAAGCAGUGGCUGCUGGGAAAAACGUUCGACAGCUUCUGUCCCCUCGGCCCGGCCUUGGUGACCAGGGACGCCGUGGGAGACCCGCACAGCCUGGCCGUGCGCUGCCUGGUGAACGGAGACACAGUGCAGAGCAGCAACACGGACCAGAUGAUCUUCCAGACGGAGGCGCUGGUCGCCUGGGUUUCAAAGUUUGUGACUUUGACUCCAGGAGAUGUUUUCCUGACGGGCACUCCUCCCGGCGUGGGCGUGUUCAGGAAGCCGCCCGUAUUUCUCAAGAAAGGAGACGUGGUGGAGUGCCACAUCGACCAAUUGGGCUCCAUCAUCAACAAGGUGGUGUGAACUGCUGACGGAGGCAGGAGUCCAUGAAGGAAUGUCGGCUGUUACACAAAGUUCCCUUCUGAUUGGCGGCUUCACACAAUUAAUUACUGCUAAGUGUCCUUAUUGACUUGUCUUCCGGUGGGAUGUCUCAUUAUUGGGAAUGAUUUUGUUCGUGAUACUUGAGUAAUUGCGAGGGAGGAGCCUCGGUAUUUUUACUCUGGGAAUCGGUAUAAUUACGUGACUCAGUGGGAUGUUUACAGCUUGACCUGACGGUCAUCGCUAGCUGUACAAAUCCCCUCGAUGAGCAGCCGCCCACUCGCGUAUAGAGAACAAACUGAACCCGGGCAUCCUCUAAUAUGUAAAAAAGAACAACAUUUAAAUGAUGCAAGUACACAAAACAGUUGGCUAACUUGGAGAAUAGAAGCGAGAACAACGAGCUGGUUUGGAGAAAAGGGAGGAAUUUAUGCCAAUUAAAAGUGUCUUCGAAAGAAAUGUUGAAGACUGAUCUGCGCUUUUCAUGUACCUGCUUCAUAUUUUUCUUUUCACU